AAAAAUUAUGAGAAGAAGCCACAAACUGUAAAAAUACACAUUUCAGCUAUACAAAAUAUAAAAAUAAACAUUUCCUCUGUAUCUGAUAGAGCUGACCCAGGAACGCACAAGUUUCUAACAACAAAACUUUAAAGGUACUAAAUAGUAAUGAUGAUGUAUUUUUCUAAAAUGGUGCCAAGCAGGAGGGAAACAGCAUCUACUGGCAAACUACCCCCUCCCUCAAAUUGCUGCUGAGCAGAAGGAUUUAAACAUGAGGAUUCUUUCUGCCUCGGUGCUUUCUCUGCUGUGCUUGGUUUUUAUAAACAACCUGACCAUUUUGGCUUCAUGAGUGAUUAAUGAUGCAUCUUAGUUGAAUUUGAGAUUGUUCGCUAGCCCUCUACAUUAAAAAAAAAAAAUUGCAGUAGCCUUAAUGGCAUCUUUUUGUUUUGUUUCCUUAUUAUAUUAGAUCUAUGAACGCAGCAUCCUUAGUUCUUGGGGUUGUGUAGGAGUUGGCAGGCUCUAAGAUAUAAAUAGAAGCUGAUUUCAGAGGCCCCUGUUGACUAGGCUUUAUGUGAGAGCCUCCAUCCAGCUCAGCCUGUCACAUUGCAGCCUUGUGACAGGCUGAAGCGCCCGCCCAUGUGAUCUAAGCUUCUGAGAAAUAUUAAGGCAAGCUUUGCACAUGUGAUGGCGUUUAAAAGCUGGCUUUCUAGGGGGGAAAAAUCUACAAGAUGGGAAGCUUUGUGGAAGACUAAUGUCCUGGUGUCUCUUGUGUUUCAGUUGCAGGCUAUUUAUAGUGAGUUGAAAGUAGUUGCGUUUUCUGAAGAAGGAAAGCAGAAAAAUAUGGCUCAGGAGACUAACCAGACCCCAGGGCCCAUGCUGUGUAGUACAGGAUGUGGCUUUUAUGGGAAUCCUAGGACAAAUGGAAUGUGUUCCGUUUGCUACAAAGAACAUCUUCAGAGGCAGCAGAAUAGUGGCAGAAUGAGCCCAAUGGGAACAGCUAGUGGUUCCAACAGUCCUACCUCAGAUUCUGCAUCUGUACAGAGAGCAGACACUAGUUUAAACAACUGUGAAGGUGCUGCUGGCAGCACAUCUGAAAAAUCAAGAAAUGUGCCUGUGGCCGCCUUGCCUGUAACUCAGCAAAUGACAGAAAUGAGCAUUUCGAGAGAGGACAAAAUAACUACCCCGAAAACAGAGGUGUCAGAGCCAGUUGUCACUCAGCCCAGUCCAUCAGUUUCUCAGCCCAGUACUUCUCAAGGUGAAGAAAAAGCUCCUGAGUUGCCCAAACCAAAGAAGAACAGAUGUUUUAUGUGCAGAAAGAAAGUUGGCCUUACAGGGUUUGACUGCCGAUGUGGAAAUUUGUUUUGUGGACUUCACCGUUACUCUGACAAGCACAACUGUCCAUAUGAUUACAAAGCAGAAGCUGCAGCAAAAAUCAGAAAAGAGAAUCCAGUUGUUGUGGCUGAAAAAAUCCAGAGAAUAUAAAUUACUACUUGUGAAGAGACUGAAACUUUGUUUUUAUUUUAAUAUAUCGUAGGAAAACAUUAAAGAGCAGAUGCAUGGCCAUUUUCCUUUGAUGUUCUCCAGAGUUUUACUUUACACUUGUCUGUCUUAUAAUUGAAAUUUUAGGAUGUUUGGGUGUUUGUUACAGGCAGAAAUGGAUAGAUACAGCCCUACAAAAUGUAUAUGCCCUCCCCUGAAUAAAAUUGGAUGAAAAUCUACACAGCAAAUUGAAGAUACACAGACGAUAGGGACAGAAUUUAGUUCCCACGUGCCAAACAUAAUACAUGAAAUCUCUGCAUGUUUGCAGCAUAUCUGCCUUUUGGGAAUGUAAUCAAGGUAUAAUCUUUGGCUAGUGUUAUGUGCCUGUAUUUUUAAAAAAAAUGGUACACCAGAAAAGGACUGGCAGUCUACUUCUACCAUAGUUAAUCUUCACCCUGUUAAUUUCCACAACAUGUUCUUUGGAAGUAGGAGGAAAGCUAUAAAGAGGAUCAGACCUGUCCGUGAAACCAGUAUUUGGUGCCAUAUGUAAGCCUGGUUAAUUUGUCUUCUAAAAGCUGUCAAAUAAGACAUUCUGUGAAAGGUAAACAUCGCAACUGGUUAUCAUGAGUAAAGCCAUCAGGCCCACAGGGUCUUUGAGCGAUCUCUGAAGCGUAUUGUGCUGGCCAGCACCAGAAGAUGUCUGCAUUACUCUCACUGCUAAAAAUGUUGUGUAGCACAGAACUGCACUAGGCUUAAUUUGUUUACAAGAAGAAAUUAAAACUACAUUCGGUUUUUACAUACAGCAGCUCUGUUGAAUAACAUGCAUCUGAAUUUUAAGUUGCAAAGGUUUCUGAAAAGUUCAUUUUUCAUGUGCAUCUUUUGUUGAAUGUUUUGGUUCAAGAAAGAAUGUUUAAAGCUUUUUUAAAGACUUCAGUUCUUAAUGUAACUGUACCCUUCUGCAUGGAGAACCCUAACCAACACGGCUGCAGUAGACUUCUUAGUGGUAUCCAGCACCACGUGCAGAGGGCUGCUUUAUCAUAUUAAUUGUACUUGGGUGUAGGACUCUAGUGUUCUUGGGUGUAUUGCAUGGGCUGCAUUAUCUACAGCAUUGUACAAUAACAACUAGAAGAGGCAGUAUACUUCACUGAUGCUUGUCUGGUAAUAUCACUUCUGUGUUAUAAUGGAAGGUUUUUGUGAUGUAUGAAACUUGUGUUUUUUAUAUAUAAAUGAGUAUAGUUAGAUUAGUAUUGUGGUAAUGCCUGUUUUCAUCUGUAAAUAGUUAAGUAUGUACACGAGGCACUACUUCUGAUUUAUUGCAGUGUUCGGUCCUAGUUUUUACUUUAAUUACAGCAUUCGGUUUUGCUUUCAAUUUUAUGUACCUUAGUUCUGAGUUAGAUCUGCAGAUGUGUACAGAUAGUUCAUAUUUAUGUAUUGCACAUAAUCAUGCUAUUCAGCAUUGAUGCUAUAUUGUAUUAUGUAAAUAAUAAAAGCCAUGUACAG